AUGGAGAAUCCAGUCAAUGAAAUCGCCGGCGUUAUCAAGUCCCUCACCCAGGGCGCACCAGAUAUCCAAGAAUCUACCCUGAGAGAAUAUUUCCUACCCAAUGCCUCAUUCUCACACCCAUACUGUCGCGUUCCGUCCAUAUCCAAAGGGCAAAUUCCUCUGGCUAGCGGUCUUGAGUCUAUCCAAUUGAUCUUGGGCAUAUACCGGUGGUAUCGCACCUUGAGUCCGCAAAUUGACAUUAAAAUCGACUCAGCAGCAUUUGAUCAACAAAGUGGCCUUCUUUACGUCUCAAUACGCCAAACAUUCGCCAUCUGGUUCAUCCCUUUUUACAGGGCUCCCGUACGGCUUGUCUCAGUUCUGCAGCUCACGCAGCUAUCAUCCGAGUCAUCGUCGGAAGAUGAUGAGCUGAGCGAGAGCCAGAGCCUCAGCCCUCGGGGGCAGAGCCCAAAGUACUACAUUGCCAGCCAAGACGAUCUGUAUCCAGUAAACGACUGCAUCCAGUUUCUGUGUCCUGGUCUAGGUCCGUUCCUGUGGACUAUCUGGCAGCUUUACAGCACUUGUCUCUGUUUUGUGGGAUCUCUGCUGUUUUUGCCGCUCUACUUAUUUCUCAAUGGGACUUCGUCUAAGGCGAAGAAGAUGCCUAAGGUUUAA